GUGUGAUAAAGUGGAUGCGUUUUGUUGUGCAGUAAUUGAAAAUUACUGUCGACUUUUACACAUUUUUUGUGGAUUUUGAAUAAAAAAAUUAAGAAACUCCAAAAGUUUAACCAUGGCUAUGCAUUCAGCUGUUAAAGGAAAAUUACUUGCCGUAAUUGGAGAUGAAGACACUUGUGUUGGUUUUUUGCUAGGCGGAAUCGGAGAAAUUAAUAAACACAGACAUUCAAAUUUCAUGGUUGUAGACAAAAAUACAGCGAUUAUUGAUAUUGAAGAAUGCUUUAAAGCUUUUGUUAAACGAGAUGAUAUUGAUAUUAUACUUAUCAACCAAAAUGUUGCUGAAAUGAUUCGUCAUGUGAUCGAUGGACAUACCCAACCAGUGCCAGCUGUUCUCGAAAUACCGUCAAAAGAUCACCCUUAUGAUGCCAGUAAAGAUUCAAUUUUACGUCGCGCAAAGGGAAUGUUUAAUCCUGAGGAUGUUUGAGGAAAAUAGUACCAAAUUAUUAUUAUUAUUGUUUUUGUUAUUAGAGUGGUCAUUUAUAUUUUAACAUUCCAUUUUCAUGUAUUUGUUUAAAAAUUUAAUAUGUGCAUUACAGCAUAAGGUAAAUGUCAAAUAAUAAUAAAAAAAUAAAUACAUUUUACAAGUG